CUAAGUAGUCCACCGGCAUUUGGAACUUGUUCGCGAGUCGCGACUCGCCCAGCCGCCCCUUCCGAGUUCCGACGCCGAUACCGUGACUCCGCUCGCUCCAUUCCGCUCCUACCGCCGCUGGCCGCCGCACCAUUCGAUCCCUGUUUCUUAAUCCGGCGGCCGGCCUGGAGCCCUCAGCUCAACACUCGGCAGAUCAUCUCGGCUGUUCGCCUACUUUCUUCUUCCCCACGGUCGUUCGCGUGCAGCACGGCCGGCGGUACCGGAACAGGGCCCAGCCGGAGCAGCGGUGCCGUCCCGGCCCGGCUGCCUUUUGCUACUGCUAACAUCCCAGGACGCAGUCCGGAAGCUGUAGCUCCUUUCCGGUGGUCUGGUCUUCACGGUUCUACUCCUAUUCGUCUGCUUCAAUCCAGCUGCGUCAUCUAAUUUAUGGCAAGGCGUCGCCUAGGCGUCCAGGCGGCCAAAGAAGUCUAGGCGUCCCCGUCGCCUAGCCAAGAGUCAGCAAGAGAGGCAAGAGGGGAGGGGAAGAAGCCUAGCAGAGACUUUGGGGAGCGGGAUCGGCGGCGCAGAGCUUGGGGGAGUGCCGAGCUCGGGGGAGCAGCAGUGCUGAGACUCGGGGGAGCGCUGAGCUUGGGGGAGCAGGAGCAGCGAUGUUGUGACAGGAGUGGCAAUGCUCCACCAUGAAGAUAGCCUGGGGUAAGAAAUCUAAGGUUAAGAAGCAGUCAGUGGUUGUAUCAACUAUACCAGGCCUACCAUUUGGAGCGGGGAGUGACAACGAUGAGGUUGAAACGGAGGAAAAAUCAGAUGCAAACACAAACUGUCCUGGAACAAAGCCAGUUGAAACUGCUGAGUUGCUCCAGAGUCAGGGAGACAAGCUAGCCGAGGAAGGGAAGUACCAUGAAGCACUUGCUAAAUGGGAGGCUGCUCUGAUCUUGAUGCCUGAUAAUGCGAUACUUCAUGAGCAGAAAGCUCAGGUUUUACUUGAAGUGGGAGAUGCAUGGCGUGCACUGACAGCAGCAACCAGAGCAACAGAACUGGAUCCAUUUUGGCCUGAGGCUUGGGUUACACUUGGUAGAGCUCAAUUAAAUUUUGGGGAGCCAGAUUCAGCUAUACUGACUUUUGACAAGGCGUUAGCUAUGAAGCCUGACUACACCGACGCAAAAGCUGACCGUGAAACUGCUGCUCGCCUAGUCAAGAAACGAGGACAGCUGCAUACGUCAGGUUUAAGUGCUAACAAAAGACGCUUCACAGUUGGGGAGUACCCAAAGGAGGGAGGUGCAGAGGGUGAAGAAAAAGGGAAAGAAACAGCCGAGCAACUCCAAAAGAUCACCCAAGAAAAUUAGCUAAAUUAACUGAUUUUGUUACUGUGUAAAAUAGAUAUUACAAAAAAAUAUUACAUUAGUGUUGGUCACCUGCUUUAAUUCGUAAAGGGAACCAUAACAAGGCAAUACAAUUAAAGAUAAUCGGCCUUCGUUUUCCUAAUCUAUCUAAUAGAUAAAUUAAGGGAGGAGGAUUAUGGUAAUCCAAGACCUUCGAAUAAUAAAAUAGGAAUGUCUGAUGAGAAUCA